UGUGGGGCUACCUGGCGGGGCAGAUACCCGCCGGCAGGCUGGCGGACAGGAUGGGCGGGGAAAGGGUCCUCCUAACCGGUCUAGCCCUGUGGUCUCUCGCCACCGCCGCCACCGCCGCUGCCGCUGUAGCCCCCACCACCGCCACCACCAGCUUCCCCGUCCAGUGCUCCCCCGCGCUGCUGCUGCUGCUGGCGGCUCGAGUGGGCAUGGGGCUCUUCUCCUCCGUCAUCAUGCCCGCCGUGUCGGCAGCCUCCGCGCAGUGGGUGCCGGCGGAGCGGAAGGCGGCAACACUGGCCAUGAUAUACGCGUUCUUCAACAUGGGCGGUGUGCUAGGCCUCAUCGUGGCCCCCCACCUAGCUGCUCGCGGAGCCAGUCGCAGCCUCGCAGCCGCCGGUGCAGCCAGCGGCACCGCCGGCUGGCCGGGAGCAUUCGUCACCGCUGCAGCCGGGGGCCUUAUGUGGGCACUGCUGGGAAAUGCGGUGCUGUCUCAAGCCGGACCCCGUCCUGUACGACAACAACAACAAGUCGUACAGCAACAGCCAACUGUACGGCAGUCGCCGCCUGGAGGGCAAGGAGGGGGAGAGGAUCAGGCAAAUACGGCAGCUGUAGCAGCGACAGGGGCUCCGAAAGCUGAUGAGGAUGUGGCACGCGGCUCGUCUUGUAGCGGUACAUCUUCAUCGGCGCAAGGAAUGCAGGCAGCAGCUGCAGCAGCAACUGGUGGAGACAGCACAAAUUCAUCAAAUUCACCUUCAUUGCCAUCGACUUCCAGUCGACAGCAGGCUGCCAGCGGUGGCGUAGAUGUGUCCGGUGGAAGAAGAGGGUCUGGUGACCCGCGGGUCACCGGUGAUAACGUCGGACGCAAGGACGUUACUGCGGACAGAAACAGCACUCUUCUACAGGUCGCCGCUCUGUGUUGGUGUCAUGCGGUGAUCGGCUGGGGCUUCUUCGUGCUGCAGGCCUGGGUGCCCAUGUACCUGCAGACGCUGGGGGUGGCGGACCUGGCACAAGCAG